AUGGUUGGAUUGCGGAAUGCAAGCAACCACCUCAAAACAAAAGGCCAAGACGAGCGCAAACUACCUGACAAUCAAACCAGCAGGGAAACGGUAAACCCUGCUGGCGACAGGGAUAAAACACGAGUCAAGUGUUUCGUAUGUGGAGAGGAAGGCCAUAGAGCCAGGAAAUGCUCCAAGAUGAACAAGUCAGUUAACCCAUCACAUGCGUCGAACGAAUGCAGUCGUAGGCCACAACCAAAUUCACAACCUAAUAGGGCUCCCACUGCCCGCCUACAGGAAUGGUGUGGCACUGUGUCAGUGGCUAAAGGAAACCAUCCUAAUCCACAGUCGGAAAUUCGGGCUAAAGCUCUCAUUGAUACUGGCAGUGUUAUCUCAAUAAUCUCACUAGGUACACUCAAAAGAGCGCAGAAAGAAGGCGCAGACCUAGAUAACAUGAUAACAAUGCUAGGAGAAGUUGGUGUACACGACAUCAAAGAUGCAAUGCAGUUCCUACAACUAAUUUCUACAGAUCUGGAAGUAUUAGGAGCAAGAAAAGCCCGUGUGUACAUGCAUGUCCAAAACAAUAUGGACGAGACAAUACUGCUGGGUACAAAUGCCCUAGAGAGCCUCGGCAUACAAAUAGUUUUCGCUAAUCCUACAAGCGGUGAGAUCAAGGAAAGCUGGAGUCAUAGCUCAACGAAAGUAGCCAAAAUAAUCGAAAGAGUUGUUGUGCCACCUGGAGGUACUUCCAAUGUGAAGAUAGCAGGUCCAGUGUCGCACGGUGAGAAGAUAUUAAAGUUCAAUACCGAUCGAAUCAAUGCAGGAGUCUGUCUCAUAGAAAAAGGCACAACAGUCAUCCCAGUGACGAAUAAUAGUGAACAUCCGUGGACUCUCAAAAAAGGUGACUGUAUAGGAAAUUGGACUGAUGAAACUUGGUAUGCCCCUGACAGUCGAAUAACACAAAGUGAUAUGCUCCAAAUGCAAAAACCUGGAAAAAUAUCACACGAACAAAGGCUGGGAGAGCUGUUAACUACUCUCGCCAAAAAUAGAAAAGAGAAGGAUCAUCUGCCCGAGGAACUUGUAAAUGUCAUCCUAGAACAUAACGAGGUGUUUGCGAUCUCAGAUACCGAAUUAACCCAAACCGAUCUGGUAAAAUACGAGAUCGACAUCGGUGAACAAGCUCCUAUCAAACAGCGAACGAGGCAGAUCCCCUAUAGUCUGAGAAACAAAGUCGAAGAAAUGCUCCUCGAUCUGAAACAUAGAAAAAUCAUCGAGGAAAGUUGUUCGCCGUGGGCUUCGCCCAUCGUACUGGUAGCGAAAAAAGACGGCACAAUCCGCCUCUGCGUCGAUUAUCGCGAGGUGAAUAAGGAAACAACGACACACGUCGAUGACUGUUGCUCGAUCGACUUCCGAUGCCCUGGACAAUACAACACAUCGUUCACAGGACAAAUAUCGUGCACAUCUUCAGUGUACCUCAGUGAUAUUGUUCCGGGUGCCCCAAUCCCCCAGUUCCCCAUCCGUACCGUGUACGAGUUAGCUCGUGCGCUCACAAUAAUCCGUGCCACACACCUCAGCAAGGAAGCUAUCUGUGCGAAUUUACUUUCGCCUGAAUAUGUCGUCUUGGGAAUUAGCGAGUUAGCACUCGCCAUAGCCUUCAUGAGGAACGAGGUGCGUCCAUAUUAUGCUUGCGGUGACUAG